GCGUCAUACCGCACUCGUAUCUCCGUAGACGAGACGCGCGGGCCGCACUGCCGAACCCCGGACGACUGAAUGUGAGGCUGGGUUGUGGCACAGUCACGUCCUUCUUCUUGGUCCUGCAAACAGAGAGCAGAGAGCCGUGGCCUAUCACUACAUGUCUGCCUAGUAUCUUUUCCCUCAGACCGGGGCUGUGCCGCAUUGUUUUCAUCCGUUCCCACAUUGCUGGUGCACGUUCAUUGUAUUCUGGAGGCUGAACAAGCCAAGCAAGUGACGACUCGGGAGUCAGGACCCUCCAGCGAAGUCGCAUGUGGCUGGGGCCGUAUUCUCCAAAAGUUUUGGCGGGGUUUUUCGCACCUGGCAUUCGAGAGUGGUAACAAUCAUACAUCAUGUCGAUUCCCAGUCUGCGCAUCCUGCUGGUAGGAAACGGUGGUCGCGAGCAUGCUCUUGCAUGGAAGCUCGUCCAGUCGUCACACGUAGAGCACAUCUACGUCGUGCCCGGUAAUGGCGGUACCGCAGGUUUCCCCAACAAGGUCACCAACGUUCAGAAUGUCAAGGCCGACGACUUCCCUGCCUUGGUCGCCUUUGCCCGCGACAACUCGCUCAACUUCCUGGUCCCCGGUCCUGAGGCCCCUCUUGUCGCCGGUAUCGUCGACUACUUCGCUCAACACCUCCCCGAUGUCAAGAGCUUCGGUCCCAAUGAGGCAGCCGCCCGCAUGGAGGGUAGCAAGGCCUUCAGCAAGGACUUCAUGAAGGACCACAACAUCCCCACUGCCGCCUACGAGAACUUCAGCGACUACGAACAAGCAAAAGCAUACCUCGACAGCAUCGACCACGACGUCGUCAUCAAGGCCGACGGUCUGGCUGCUGGCAAGGGUGUCAUCAUCCCUCAGACAAAGGAAGAGGCAGUUCAGGCCCUCAAGGACAUCAUGUUGACCCGAGAGUUCGGCUCGGCGGGUGACACUGUUGUCAUUGAGGAGCUGUUGGUCGGCGAAGAGUGCAGCAUCCUGACCUUCAGUGACGGCUACAACAUUGCCAGUCUGCCUCCUGCUCAAGAUCACAAGCGCAUCUUUGACGACGACAAGGGUCCCAACACCGGCGGUAUGGGCACAUACGCUCCUACUGGUGUUGUCUCUGCCCAGGAGAACGACGACAUCCACAAGUCCAUCCUUCAAGCCACCGUCGACGGCAUGCGCAACUCUGGCAACCUCUUCAUUGGCUGCCUCUUCACCGGUCUCAUGAUGACAAAGGCUGGGCCCAAGGUCCUCGAAUACAACGUCCGCUUCGGUGACCCAGAGACUCAAUCCGUCUUGACACUGCUCGAGUCUGACCUCGCCGAGCUCAUGUACAGCUGCACAACAAACUCUCUCUCCUCUCUCGGACCCAUCAACAUCUCAUCACGCGCUGCUGCCACUGUCGUUGUCGCUGCUGGUGGCUACCCUGGCUCCUAUGCCAAGGGCACCCCCAUGACCUUGAGCGAGACUCCCGAGGACACUGUCAUCUUCCACGCCGGCACCGACAUCAAGGACGGUCAGCUUGUGACAAGUGGAGGUCGUGUCAUCGCUUCCACCGCUACCGGUCCUACCUUGAAGGAGGCCGUCGCUCGCGCAUACGAGGGCGUCCAGACCAUCAAGUUCGAGGGCAUGCAAUUCCGCAAGGAUAUCGCCAAGCGUGCUCUGAAGUAA